AUCCAGCUCUGGGACACGGCAGGCCAGGAGCGGGUCAGAAAGAGCAUGGUGCAGCACUAUUACAGGAAUGUACACGCUGUUGUGUUUGUGUAUGACAUGACAAACAUUACCAGUUUUCACAGUCUGCCCUCCUGGAUAGAGGAAUGCAAACAACACCUUCUUGCCAACGAUAUACCACGGAUUCUUGUUGGAAAUAAAUGUGACCUGAGAAGUGCUAUUCAGGUACCUACGGACUUGGCCCAGAAGUUCGCUGAUACUCACAGUAUGCCGUUAUUUGAAACCUCUGCCAAAAACCCCAAUGACAAUGACCACGUGGAGGCCAUAUUUAUGACACUGGCUCACAAGCUUAAAAGUCACAAGCCAUUAAUGCUUAGUCAACCCCCAGAUCGCGAUGAAAUACAUAUAAAGCCUGAACCAAAACCUGCCAUGACCUGCUGGUGUUAA